CUUUAGAAAGACACAAACAUGAGCUGAACGGAGAGGGGGAGAGCGCUGCGCGGCUUCGCGUUGGGAACUUGGGAGCAAAAUGUGCCUUUUAGACCUGGAAUAUGCGAUUUCCAAAACGGAUUACAUUUAGUAAGAUGUGUCACAUUACCAGGUCAAACAAAGGGAUUACAUUAAACAUUUUCAACUCUAUAUCAGCACAGAAUCAAGUCCGUUGCGGAGGUGAUUUAACGUACAAAAGUGACACGACGUUGAAACUAAAGGGCAGUGGAAUUACAUAUGUUGUUUGCUAAUUUGGGAACUUUGUCAUCUUAUUGAUACCUGUUCUUCUCAGACUUUCUGUCAUCUUAUGUGUCCGGUCGGAAAUAUUAACUAUCAUUUUCCCAAAUGAGAUGUAAGUUCGCGCCUUCGGAGUUGAUGGGGAGCACGAGACAACCAGCAAACCUCACUGAGAAACUUACGGAGAAAAACAUGCCGUCUUUUCAUCCAUGGAGACAUGGCAUAUAGGUUCCUCUCCAGCCGAAUCGUGCCAUCCUCAAACAGAUUAAGCAGAAGAAUUAUUUUUAUAUUCACUAUCUCUUUGUGUUUCAUGUAUCUAUGCUACAGCAUCCUCUUCUGCUCCGGUACAAUCAUGCCUAACCAGAGAUUGGAGGAUCACCGCUGCGUCCAUCUGAAGAACAUGGGAAGUAAAAAACUUUUACAGAAGUCACAUUAUUGCACUAUAUCAGCGAAAGCGAGAGUUAUCUCGGAUGAGACGAGGGCUGUGGGUCUCUUAAACCAAAGCAAACAUUCAGCCUUUCAGAAAACACAAGAUGUGGUAGAUCACAAGCAGAGUAAUAACAGUAAUUCGCCAAAAUACGGAAAUAAGAAGUUGCCCAAUGCACUUAUAGUUGGCGUUAAGAAAGGAGGCACCAGGGCAGUGCUGGAGUUCAUCCGGAUUCAUCCAGAUGUUCGAGCUCUUGGGACUGAACCACAUUUCUUUGAUAGAAACUAUGACAAAGGAUUGGACUGGUACAGGGGCCUUAUGCCACGGACUCUGGACAGCCAAAUCACCAUGGAGAAAACACCGAGUUACUUUGUGACACGGGAGGCACCGCGACGCAUCUCAAACAUGUCUCGUGAAACAAAGCUGAUUGUUGUAGUGCGAAACCCGGUCACGAGGGCGAUCUCCGACUACACACAGACCCUGUCAAAGAAGCCCGACAUCCCCUCUUUUGAAGAACUAGCAUUCAAGAACAGGAGUCAAGGCAUCGUGGACACCUCCUGGAAUGCCAUCCGCAUAGGCAUGUAUAUCCUACACCUGGAGAACUGGCUGCAAUACUUUCGUCUGUCACAGAUUCAUUUUGUCAGUGGGGAGCGGCUCAUCACGGAUCCGGCCGGAGAGCUGGGCCGGGUGCAGGACUUCCUGGGGCUCAAACGCAUAAUCACAGACAAGCACUUCUACUUCAACCGAACAAAAGGCUUCCCGUGCCUGAAGAAGCCGGAAAGCAGCAGCCAGCCCCGCUGCCUGGGCAAGUCCAAGGGCAGAACUCACGUUCAGAUUGACCAGGAAGUCAUCGAGCAGCUUAGAGAAUUUUAUAGGCCAUUUAAUGUGAAAUUUUAUGAAAUGGUGGGUCAUGACUUCAGAUGGGACUGAGGAGGAGGACCUUGGUGAAACCAACCUCCCUCUUCUGGUAUGUCUUCAAGGGAUUGUUCACCCAAAAAUUAAAAUUUGGUCAUUAUUUACUCACCAUAACAUUGUUCCAAACCUGUAAGACUUUCUUUCUUCUGUGGAGCAUAAACGAAGAUAUUUAGAAGAAUGUGCUGGUUGCUGUUUACUCAUUUUCCAUAAAGUCAUAUGGACAACUUUUAUAAUACUUUUAUGGUGUUUUUGCACCCUUUUUAAAGCUUGAAAGCUCCAGUUUAUUAUAUAUACACUACUGUUCAAAAGUUUUGGGUCAGUAAGUUUUUUUUUUGUUUUUUUUUUUAAAGAAAUAUGUUUCUUUAGCAGCAACUCAGCAUAUUAGAAUGAUUUCUGAAGGAUCAUGUGACACUGAAGACUGGAGUAAUGAUGCUGAAAAUUCAGCUUUGACAUCACAGGAAUAAUUAGAUUAAAUAUCUUAAAAUAGACAGUUCUUUUAAAUCGUAAUAAUACAAUAUUACUGUUUUUACGGUAUUACUGUGUGAUCAAAUAAAUGCAGCCUUGGUGGGCAUAAGAGACUUCUUUCAAAAACAUAAAAAAAAAAAAAAAAAAAUCUUACUGACCACAAACUUUUGAACGCUGAUACAGUUUAAAUCAGUUUGGAGGGUGAGUAAAUGAUGACUAAACUUUGUGAGGACAAAAUUGUAAUUUUUGGAAGAACUAUCCAUUUGAACCGGUUUGCAGGACGAAAUGAAACAGAACACCUCAAACUAAUUAAGACCCAGUGCUCUUAAUAUAUUAAAAAGAUAAAAUAUGGGCAAAAAACAAAGAUGUAUGUACUGUAGCUCAAGAGACUUUGCCUUUGACAUGAAAUGCUUUAAUACAUUUAGAACUCGUGCAAGGUCAUUAAACGAACAGAAUAAGUGAGAAGCUCUUGUUCAGUGUCACAGUGUUUGAUAUGCACAGCAUUUGUUUCAUUCAUUGCCCUCCUGUUACUGUUUAAAACACUAAACCAAGUCAAUCAUCUUGAUAUGAAAUAGAAACCCGUAAAGCAUACAGUGACUGCUGAGGUGUGUCAUUACGUUUAUCUCACAAAAUGUAACACAGAAAAACAAAUUAAACACAUCCUAAAGAACCACAUUCACUUUCAUCCUCAUUGCAGUAUGAGAAGUUAAUUCAAGUUCUUAAGGUCAAUGGAAACUUGUUCAACAAGUUAAAGGGGUCAUGACGUGGAUUUUUUAAUUGUUCUUUGAGGUUCACUUAGAAUGUUAUAAAGUUUUUUGCGCAAAAUAAAA